UAUGUUUUACAUAAAAAAAUUAAUCCAUUCCCACAAUCUUACACUACCUAUUUUAUUCUACUAAUUGCAUGGCUUAAUGUCAAUAAUAAUCUGUUCAAUUUGAAAAUGCUUAAAUAUAGGACAUGUUUCGGAUGACAUUGAUAUCAAAAGAUAAAAAGAUAAAUGAAAUAGCAAUAUUAAGCUUGAAAUUAAGCAUGGUCCGCCUUGUCUCUAGUCACGGUCUGCCCUGUCCCAAAAUAUGGUCCGCCCUGUCCAUACAUAAGGUUCCGCCCAGGUACGGUCCGCCCUGUCCUAUGACCCUGCAAAGGGUUGACAGUAUGGCAUCUGGAGAUGAUAAAAGAAAACUAAAGAUUCUCUGUAUUCAUGGAUACAGACAAAAUUCACAAAGUUUUAGGGAAAGAACGGGGGCAUUUAGAAAAAUACCGAUUAUUAAGAAGCACACAGAAUUAGUUUUCAUCACUGCUCCGAAUAGAGUUCCAAGUUUGCCAGUGGAAGGGGAUGAAUCAACGUCAGAUGCAGAUGAGAGAGGUUGGUGGUUUUCUAAACAAGAUAAAUCAUAUAUGGCUCAAGAUUAUACUGACUGUUGUAAUGGUUUUGAUGAAUCGAUUGAACUUGUGAAGAAAACAUUUUUGGAACAGGGACCAUUUGAUGGAAUUUUAAGUUUUAGUCAAGGUGCAGCAUUUGCUUCAUUGUUGUGUGGAAUGAAAGAACAGAAUCCAGAAUUAUUCCAGUUUGACUUUGCCAUAUUGGUAGCAGGCUAUAAAAGCAGGCAGUCGUCACACCAAAAUUUUUACAGUACACCUAUUUCUAUACCAACAUUACAUGUAUAUGGAGAUACUGACAAAGUUAUACCAAAAGAAAUGAGUGAAGAUCUGUUGCAGUAUUUUGUGGAGCCAAAUAUUUUACAACAUGAAGGUGGACAUUUUAUACCUGCUAGUGCCCCACAGAAAAAAGUUUAUACUGAAUUUCUUCAACGCAUGUUGGACAGUCAAGAAAAAAAAUCUUAACGACUUUCAAAAUGUUCUAGUAUUUUAAAUUGUAUUACUGCAGUAUGACUUGAAAUAUUUAUUAAAUGUUCUAAAAAUAUGACACAUAUUUUAUGUUCUAUACACAUAAAAUUGAAAAGAAAGGGAAAAAAAAGGAAAAAAAUGUU